CGCACGGUGGUGGCAGUGGUGACCGCGUCCGCAGCCCGGGCCGCGGAGGGGCCGGCGGGGCCCCUUGCUGCAGAGCCAGAUGUGCGGGACGCGGGGCUGCGAAGGGUCGGCGGGGAGGUGCUGGGGGCUGCCGCCGCCGCUGCUGCCGCGGCCGGGGGGGAGCCCUUAGCCGUGCGGGAAGCGGGGAAGCCGUGUCGGGAGCUGUUAUUUUCUUCUCCUCCUUCCUUUGCCUUCCCUCUUCUCCCUCCUCCCCCUCCUCACCAAAACCGGGAGAGGAGGCGUGUUCGGUGCCUUGCUGCACCGGUUUUGCUUGGUUUGUUGUUGCAGGGUUUGGUUCUCAGGGUGGCUGGUUUUUUUUUGUUUUUUCUCUUUUCUCUUCCAACCUCCCCGCCUUCUCUCUUCCCCUCCUUUGGCCCAUCGCAUGCCAAAGGAUCCGGCUCGGAUCCGGCUGGAUCCUUCCUUUGCUUUUCGGCGGUGCCUCUCGGAAGGGGGAAGGGAGGGCUGGGAUGAGUGCAGCUUGACGCACAGGCGAGGAGCGGGGGGGCACCGCCGGCAGCUGCGGCGGUUCGUGGCCGCAGGCUGCGGGUGAGAAACGGAGAGAGCGAGGGGCUCCCUCGGUGUCUCCCCCUUUCUUCGCCCCUGUCUUUCCUCCCUCUCUCCCUCCCCCAUCCGUCUCCUGCCGGGUCCGGCUGGGAGCGUGUGUGCAAUAUCUUACGUUGCAAGGUGUGCGUGUGUGUGUGCGCGGAGCAGAGGGAGGGAAGGACUCGCGAGGGAGCCGGGGCUGCCCCGGCCCCCCCUAUGUGAGCCUCCCCGGGCGGCUGGAUGGCGAUAGACCGACGCCGUGAGGCGGGCGGCGGGGGCCGGCCGCUGCCCGAGGAGAACGGCUCGGUGCCGGGGGCCGUGGGGGGGGGCGCCGCCCCCCCCGGGGCCUCCCCCGCCAACGCCGCCGGGGCCGAGAUCCAGGCGCUGCCGGUGCCGCCGCCCGCCGCCGCCUGCAGCCCGCUUCUCCUCGACUACGACGGCUCGGUGCUACCCUUCCUUGGGGGGCUGGGCGGCCGGUACCAGCGGACCCUGGUGCUGCUCACCUGGGUCCCGGCGCUCGUCAUCGGCUUCAGCAAGUUCUCGGACUCCUUCCUCCUGGACCAGCCCGACUUCUGGUGCCGGGAGGCGGACGGGCAGGGCAACUGGAGCGGGACCCUGGCGCCGAUCCACGCCAACCACAGCGGCAACGGGAGCAUCUUCCCUCCGCCCGGGCUGCCCACCCCCGCGGGGGGCAACGCCAGCGAGUGCGGCUGCCGCGAGUGGCACUACCGCAUCAGAGCCGGCCUCGUCCAAAACGUCGUGAGCAAGUGGGAUCUUGUUUGUGAUUCUGCCUGGAAAGUCCACAUUGCUAAGUUCUCCCUGCUUGUAGGAUUAAUCUUUGGCCACUUGAUAACAGGAUGUAUAGCCGACUGGGUUGGUCGACGGCCUGUACUGCUCUUCUCUGUCAUAUUCAUUUUGAUAUUUGGACUGACUGUGGCACUCUCAGUGAAUGUGACCAUGUUCAGCACACUCAGGUUUUUCGAGGGAUUUUGCCUGGCUGGAAUAGUCCUCUCCCUGUACGCACUGCGGAUAGAGCUCUGUCCUCCCGGGCACCGGUUCAUGGUCACCAUGGUGGCAAGCUUCAUCGAGAUGGCGGGGCAGUUCCUCAUGCCCGGACUGGCUGCCCUCUGCAGGGACUGGCAGGUCCUCCAGGCAGUCAUCAUCUGUCCCUUCCUGCUGAUGCUGUUUUACUGGGUUAUUUUCCCAGAGUCUCUUCGGUGGUUGAUGGCUACACAACAGUUUGAGGCAUCCAAGGAGCUGAUCCUUCAGUUCACGCACAAGAACAGGAUGAACACAGAAAGCGACAUCAAAGGAGUGGUGCCCGGGCAUAGGAUGGACGAAUCAGUGCAUAGGAUGGACGAUGAUGUGGGAAUGAAGCUCUUGUCUGUACCUCAUUUGUUGCAGAAUUUGGAAGAGCUGGAAAAGGAAAUCACCAGGAGACCAAAGAAAGUCUGCAUUGUUAAAGUGGUGGGAACAAGGAACCUGUGGAAAAACAUCGUAGUGUUGUGUGUCAACUCGCUGACUGGUUAUGGCAUACACCACUGUUUUGCAAAAAGUAUGAUGGGGCAUGAAGCGAAGAUGGCGAUUACCCACAACUUCUAUGCGGACUACUACACCAUGGCUGGGAUUGCGCUGGCAUCCUGCCUGGCCAUGUGCCCUGUGGUCGGGUUUCUGGGGAGGAGAGGAGGACUCCUGCUCUUCAUGAUACUUACAGCUCUGGCAUCACUUCUGCAGCUGGGCCUUCUCAACUUGAUUGGAAAAUACAGUCAACUUCCAGACUCAGGUAUGAGUGACAGUGUCAAAGACAAAUUCUCUGUUGCGUUUUCCAUCGUGGGUAUGUUUUCUUCGCAUGCUGUUGGAAGCCUCAGCGUGUUCUUCUGUGCUGAAAUCACACCCACAGUAAUCAGGGGAGGUGGGCUGGGGCUGGUGCUGGCCAGCGCGGGCUUCGGCCGCCUGACCGCCCCCAUCAUGGAGCUCCACAACCAGAAGGGUUACUUCCUCCACCACGUCAUCUUUGCCUGCUGCACACUCAUCUGCAUCAUCUGCAUCCUACUGCUGCCCGAGAGCAAGAACCAGAACCUGCCUGAGAACAUCCCGGAUGGGGAACAUUACACCCGGCAGCCCCUCCUGCCGCACAAGAAGGGGGAGCAGCCCCUGCUCCUGACAAACUCUGAACUCAAGGAUUACUCUGGCCUCCAUGACUCAGCAGCUGUGAGUGACGGGAUCUCGGAGAACACCACUGCCAACGGGAUGAAGUCGAUGAGUUGCACUUCGGGCAAAGGUGUUUUGCACAGAUUUUACAAACCAGUGAUGGAGCAGACACAAACUUAGAGGAAUUCAACUCUGCUACUAAAGCAAAUUUUGGCAUCUUCAACAGUUGUGCAGAUUAUUCUUGAAAAGUGUUGGGGGAAAAGACUCAUUUAAGAAAAGACCUGACUGGCAGUAGCCCUUCAGAACUCGUUUUUUCCUGCCAUUAAAUAUGUAUAUUUAUUUUGAUUUAUUCUCAAGAAGCACUUUAUUUCCUUUUCCUUUCAUAGAUCACAAAAAUGAAGCCAUCUUUUAAGAGGUGCAGCCAUUCCAAGAAAGAAACCAUGGGGGGAGGGGGAGUGUUGUUUUCUGUUUUGUUUUUGUGUUUCUUUAAAGGAAAGAGGGAUUCACUGCAAAGUUGAAUUGACUUAGACUUGUGCAACAUUCUUCUGCCUGUCUAGAAAGGCCCAGAUUGCCUGCUGUGUUUGUAUACACUAAAAAAGGAAAAAAAAAAAAAAAGAGAAAGCAAAGCAAAAACUGUUGUGACUCAAACUCUGACUGCAUUUUAGGCAGCUUAUAUUUGUCUUUAUAGCCCACGUGCACUUAAAAGUUACUCUCUAAAUUAGUCCCUUUUUGUUUUCACUAAAUGCAUUGGAGAAAAUCCUACCCCAACAAGCUGGUUUUUCAAUAAGAAUCAGCUUUCUGCAUUUUAAGAAUAUAUUCAUCUAUUUUAGGUGGUUGCCACUGGUCCUUAAUUAUAAUGUAGAUGAUGCAAAUGAUUUGACUAAUGAUGCAAAAAUGAGUUUUGUCUAGAAUGGUUAUAAUUAUCAGGAGGCCCAGGAUCUCUGACUGCUCCAGGAAAAAAGCACAGACCAGCAGUGACAAAUAAUAAGGAGCAUGGGCAAUGAUCUAUACCUUUAUUCCAAAAGGCAGCAUAGCUGGAAUUUCUGCUCCUGGGAAAUGAGUGUCCUGGUAUUUAUUGUCUUAAAUGUUUUUAGAAUCAGGGUUUGGGCUUUCAAUUUAAGUGGAAAAAACUGCUUAAAUGACUGUUGGAAAGGAAUUAAUUAGUAGCCUGUGAAUAAUGACUUACUGAACUGUCUUGGGCUCUUAUGUGUUCUGGUUCUGACCCAAGAAUAUACAAUGAACUCACCCUUAUUCCCCCACUUUCCCAACUGCUCUUGUAAGAUUUUAGUUCAGGAAAAAAAGUUUACUUAAAUUUUAUUAAUUCUACACAAAGUGAACAUCCAGUUUACCUCCUGCUGUGCAGAUGGCACUUUGAUAGUGGCCACUUGACUUCUCUCCUCCAGCCCCCAAACUAUUUCCUUUGGCCAUUGGCUUUUGGUUCUCACUCAAACGUGAGGAUCUAGUUCAAUGCAAGGACCUUGUAAACAGCUUUCUUGAAUUGUAGUUAACUCUCCCCUCUCUCCCUCCCUCUUGUCCUUUCCCACUCAGGCCAUCCAUUUGUGAUUGCUCGGUAGUGCAGACAUUCAAGCAGAGAAGCAGGAUGUCAGUGUUGUACUGAGUGUCCGUAUGAUUCCCACUUUGUUUGAUGUACAUCUUGCGUUCGUAUGCAGGGAAAGUGCUCAUUUGCACUCUCCUCCUCUACCUUCCCUCCCCCUUCCUCCCUUGCUGUAUAUAUUGUCGAUUAACUGCUGUACCUAACAAUUUCCAUCCUCCAUUAGGCUGCCGAUGUCCUCUUACAGUUCCUAAUAAAUCAAAGAGCCAUGCUUCCCGGCAGGCCAUGCAGUAAAGUAGCACAGCCUCAGACGCUGACGGAUGCAAGGGGACAGGCAGACCUACAGAAGCAACAGAGGUGGUUGUGUUCAGAGUAACAAUGUUGUCCUAAAGCUGCUAAUUUUUACAGAGGAUGAUGUGGACAUUUGGGUUCUUCUUGAGCCUGGUAAGAAACACUGGACCAGUUGAUGGUAGUUUUGCCCAGGGUUAAACUACUGGUUUUUUUCACCUUUGCUAAACUUGCUGUGACAGCAAGAGCCUGAUCUUCCUUACACUCAAGUUUUAUUGUUAGGCUUGAGUGCGGCUGUUUCUUUUUGUUCUGUGCCGAGACCUUUGCAGUCUGUGUUCACCUGAGGAAAGAACCCAGCCCUUCCCCACUCGUGCAGUAUUCACACACCAAAUUUGUGCAGUACCUUUUGCCUUCAAUGUGAGAUGCUCGUUGCAAGCCACACAUGUUCGGGGGACGAAAGAAAUGGGUUCACAACAAAAAGCUGAAGAAGCAAAGCAAGGCUUCAGGGAAGAGAAAAAGGGCCUGAGAGAGGAGAAGGUGCAAGCGCAGAGGCAGAAAGCAGCACCCUGCCAUCCAUCGUGCUGUGGAGCCAGUGGCUCCUUCCUUCAUGGUCUUCUUCAUGGCCCUUGUGCUCAAGCUGUGGUACAGCUCUUGCAGACCAUCCACAGGCCUGUAAACCUGGCUGCUUCCAGCACUGUCAGUGGUCCUGGUGAGCUCACCGCUGUUGUCCACAGCGCUUUAUCGUUUCCUAUUCUGGUGGUUGCUCUCCGAUGACAGACAGGCACAGGGAAAAGAAUACUUGUUUAAACAUAUCAACAUUUAGAUAAUAAAUACAUUAGAUGACAGGAAAAUGCAGCAGUGUUUUUGAUUGUUUGUUUUGUUAAGAAAAAGAUCUUAUUAAGUUGAUUUGAUUUGCUGCUUUUUUGCUUGAAACCAGGUAGUCGGUACUGAUCUGCAAUGAAGGGAGCCCCAGCUUCUCUAGUCAGUCUGGCCCUCUGCCUCUGUCACAAUAAAGUAAAAACUAACUUCUGCUUUGGCAGUUCUAGUUUUGCUCCUUUUCCUGAAAACAUGAACACUUCUGUGAUGAUUAUGUUCUUCCACACAUGCUCACGGAGUUGGAAAGCUUUCACUAAACCUAUCUUUUGUGGAGGAGCCAGGUACCAGGUGAUGCAUCAGGGCAGAAAGGAAGCAUGGGGAUGCUUGCCCUGCAUUGUCUAGUCCUGCAGCAGGACAGGACUCUCUGCUGGGGUCCCAGCCUGCUGCACCAUUGGCUCCUUGGCCAUGUCUCCUCUGCAGCCAUCACCAGGAAAGGCUUUUCUCAGGUGGCUCUUUCUGGCCACCACAACAGGAAAAGCAGUCCAAGCUGUCUUGUCCAUUUUUGGCCUUUUUCUGUGAACCUUCAGUAACCUCUAAGCCCAUCAGUAGAUUUUUCUUUGGGUUUACCAUUUAAGGGCUUUCUCCAUCUUUGUAAGUUCAAACAAAAAUGUGAAGUGACAUUAUGCUUGAUCUUGGGGGCUUUGUCCCCCUUGUAAGGUUUCACUACUGCUUUUGUUGCUGGACACACUGCAAAUGGAUAACAUCUGUUUGCAAGUGUUGUGUGGCCACUCUGAAAGGGGGCUGUGUGAUUUACUUUUGGGUUUCACUGAGCAGGCUUUUUUUGUUGUUGUCCUUUUUAGUGGAAGUAUUUUACUUAACUGUUGCCAUUUCCUGGAGACAAACACUUUAUUGGUCACCAAAUUGGAAGCAGAAGUGCCAUUAACUGAACUCUGUGAAUGUCAAGUCAAGUUGCGCCUGUAGCCGGCACAUAAGACAACACUAUUGAGUGGGGGGACGAUCUCCCCCACUGUAACUUUUUUUUUUUUUUUUUUAAGAAAAAAUGGAAUUACAAACCUCAUUUUAAAUGUAUUGUGUAAACUGUUUCGGGAAAGGAGUACGGUGUGUUUUGUCUAGUGGGCGAGAUCUCCCUCCCCAUUUCAGUUUCUGAUGAAGUUUUAAAGAAUCUUGUUACUGUAUGUUUUGAUCAUUGAAUAGUCUGGUGGUGCUUCCUCAUAGCACAAGCUUAAAUCAAGUACUGAAAACAGUCUUACAAGCUAAAUGUCUGCAUGAUGUUACAUCUGUUGUACCUACUGAGAAGAACUUUGUAUGUAAAUGUACAGAAUAAAACGACGAUGUCCCAUCA